AUGAAUAUCGACUUCAAUCUUCUAGAUGAUAUCGAUAAGUCGGACACUCUGGAGCCUGAGCAGUCCCAAAGUGCCAUGGACAGGCUCUUGGUGCUCCAGACCAGAAAGGUGGAGUUGAUUCAACAGCGAGAUGCUCUUUUGGCUCGGAAACAAGAGUUGGCCGACUCAAUUGACCGCCUCAACAUCACAUUAGAUGACUAUCAGCAGCAGCACCAUCAGUAUGAGACAAGGAAGAAGUUGGAAUAUUAUCUUCACCAGAAUGAUCAUGAAUACGCCAAACUCGCUGCAUCUGAUGGAGCUGCAAGCUUUGUCAUAGAUAACCUCAACGUGUUGCCGUCUUCGGACUGGCCGCUGCGACUACAUUUGGUCAAGGAGUUCUAUCCACACAUGACCAUUUCGGACUGUGAUUCUUAUACUGAGUAUGAUAGCGAUAAGCUACUCACAGUCAAGGUCUAUUCGGUAGCUGCCAAGGGCCUUCCGACGCUACAGGUCAAGCUCUUUGUUCUCAAGGAGGCUGUGUAUCGUAUAGAAGUGGUCAAUUGGGAAAAGGUGGCAUUUUCUCUUCAGAAGAUAAGUCCUACUUUUCAUAAAACUGUCAAGAGGAACUACAUUCCUCGCAAGAAGAUCGACUUGAUUAUGUAUUCAUACCAUUCGUUAGCUCAACUUGAACAGAAGAGAGUGGCGGCUCUCUCUGAAAUCUUGUCUACAUAUUCUGAUUUGGUCCUUCGACCUGCUCACGACUGGAUCAAUGACCCGUUCUCGACUCUAGUUACUUUACCAUAUGUAGAGCUAGACUUGAGCCUGAAGGGUCCAAGAUUCACGGUUCGUUUGUACUGGACGCUAUGUUUGAACAACUCGAUCACGGGAUCAUUAGAGAGCGAGCUAGAGAUUGCAAUUAUUGGGGAGGAAACCACAGUGGUUGCGAAUGCUAAUGAGGUCUUCUUGCGACUAAUACCACAACAUGGAGUGGUCGGGGCAUUUAAGGUUAUGCUUGUCAACAUAUUUGGGUUAGGAUAG